AUGUGUGGUUGCUUGAUGUCAGUGACGUCGGCGUCGGCGCUCGCGCUACACGUCUAUGAUGUUUCGGUAAAUACACAGUGGGAUUCGACGGCUAACUCCGCUAAUACGGCUGGGUACGUGGGGAACAAUAUAACAUACGCGGGAGCACAGGCUCCCAAUACUGGCAAGCACAACCCUCUACAAGGGACCAUAGGCUACAGAGUAAACGUGCAUAGCGGCUAUGGGUGCGUGGGCGGUUCGGGCGCGAUGAGCGGCGGCGGCGAGAACUCGCAGUUCGGCGCCACCGCCGCGAUGGUCGCCGCGGCCACCACGGCCGCGAUGCAGGACUCGCAGCCCUUCACGCAGGUACCCCGACCCUACUACCACGAAUGGCUGCCUUACUGUGGGCUUAGGUGUUACCCGAAAAAUCGGACCGGCCCCCCUUUGCUGACAGUUAAAUGGCCUUGUUCGCAGAUGCAGAACAACAUGACGAUGGGCAAUCCCCAGUACGGCGCGAUGAACGGCUACGGGCAACAGCGGAGCCACAACCCGGCUAUGAGCGGCAUGGGAAUGGGGGGCAACGGCACUAUGAACGGAAUGACAGGCAUGGGUCAGAUGGGCAACGCCGCAAUGAACGGCAUGAGCCCGAUGGCGCAAAUGGCCAACAUGGGCAUGCACGCGAACAUGAUGCCGUCGCAAAUGGGCCCCGGUCAAAUGCCCAGCACGGGCAAGAUGGGACAGAACUAUCAGAGGCGGCACACACCUUACCCCACCGGGACGAUGUUGAUGGGGCAACGCAAGUCCCAGUACAUGGGCGCUCAACCGGGCUUCGGGCCUGCACAGUACCCCUCCGGUUACGGGGGAAGACCGGGAUUUCAGUCACAAUAUCCACCUCAGCAGCCGUUAGGGCCCACUGGCAACUUCGGCGCCGCAAUGCGCGGCAGCAUGAGGCAAACGACGCCGCCUUAUUCCAACCAGGGGCAAUAUUUCAACGGUGGCGUGCCAAACCAGUUCCCACAGCAUCAGGCGGGCAAUGGUCAAUACGGGGGGCAGUACAGCGGGCAGUUUGCGCAGGAAGUUGCUAUGCGGACGAGCAUGACCUAUCAGCACAGUCCUGUGCCCGGAAACCCAACGCCGCCUUUGACGCCAGCUAGCAGUAUGCCCCCAUACAUCAGCCCUAAUGCUGACGUUAAACCCCACUUCAACGAGCUCAAACCACCGAUGGGCAUGCAAAAUGACGAGCUCCGGUUAACAUUCCCUGUAAGAGAUGGUAUUAUCUUACCACCAUUUAGAUUAGAGCAUAAUUUAGCAGUUAGCAAUCAUGUAUUCCAAUUAAAACCCACGGUCCACUCAACUUUGAUUUGGAGAUCGGACCUCGAAUUACAGCUUAAAUGCUUCCACCACGAGGAUAGGCAGAUGAACACGAACUGGCCGGCGAGUGUUCAGGUUUCGGUCAACGCAACGCCAUUAGUCAUAGAUAGAGGCGAGAACAAAACGUCACACAAACCACUGUACCUGAAAGAAGUUUGUCAGCCGGGGAGGAAUACGAUACAGAUCACCGUCUCCGCCUGCUGUUGCUCGCACCUGUUCGUGUUGCAACUGGUGCACCGGCCGAGCGUGCGCAGCGUUCUCCAGGGGUUGCUGAAGAAGCGGUUGCUCACGGCGGACCACUGCAUCGCUAAGAUCAAGAUGAACUUCAGCCAGUCGCCGGCCAACAAUGGCUCAAACACGGGCAACGACAGGGACAGCGUGGAGCAGACCGCCCUCAAAGUCUCGCUAAAGUGCCCCAUCACCUUUAAGAAGAUCGUCCUGCCCGCCCGCGGCCACGAGUGCAAACACAUACAGUGCUUCGACCUGGAGUCUUAUUUGCAACUGAAUUGCGAAAGGGGCUCAUGGAGGUGUCCGGUGUGCAAUAAACCGGCUCAAUUAGAGGGAUUAGAAGUCGAUCAGUACAUGUGGGGUAUUCUCAACACGCUAAACACCUCGGAUGUAGACGAAGUAACCAUCGAUAGUGGGGCUAAUUGGAAAGCAGCUAAAAGCCCAGCUAACCCAGGAAUUAAGCAAGAAGACGACAGUAACGACAACAGCUCCGGGAAGCGUAGCAAAGCAGUCUCCCCCGGAUCGAUGAACAUGCCCACGAUGAACAACUGGGACAUGAACCAGGCGCUCUCACCCUACCUGCCCCCGGACAUGAACACCAUCGCCAGCGGCUCCAUGAUCUCCGCCUAUAACCAAAGCGCACAAAACCGCAACCCGGCCGCCAGCCAGAACUACGACUUCGGCAUGACCAACGGCCCCGCCAGCAACGAGUUCGCCGGCAAUGGGCCCUUGUCGCAUCUCAACGAGAGCGUCAACUCCCUGGACCCGCUCAACGCAAUGGAGAAGAGCCUCAACGAACAGAUGCCGCACACGCCCCACACGCCGCACACGCCGGGCUCGGCGCACACGCCGGGCGGCGGCGGCGCGCACACGCCCGGCUCGAGCCACACGCCGGGCCCGCCCUCUGUCGGCCACCCGCUCAGCGAGGUCGACAUACCCGCCGACCUCAACUUCGACCCCGCCGCGGUCAUCGACGGCGAAGGCACCGACAACCUCAACUUGCUCCCUGAAACGAACGUGGACCCGAUGGAGUUGCUGUCGUACUUGGACGCGCCGGCACUGGGUGAGCUGCUGGCGACGCCGCCGUCCUCUUCGUCUUCGGCGGGCUCGCAUCCACCUCGAGCGCCCUCUUCCGACGACUUGCUGGCGCUGUUCGAG